UGUGAGCUCCCCAGCCACUGGAGAUUCUCUGUUUAUUUUGCAGAGCUGUUUGUGAGGUCAAAAGCUGACUGGAGAAUGCCCUGUGCUGUUUUUUUUUUUUUUCCCAUGGACCUAAGCGUCUUUGCUAAACCUCAGGUCACGUAGAGAAAAUGAGAGCCUACAGAAUGAAUGCUUGGAGGGUGCAAGUGACAGAGCUGAUUCUUCUCGGUGCUGCCCUGGGGUUGCUCAGGGUGUCCAGCUCCAGAGCUGAAAGGUCACCUUCUCUUGAGUCAUAUCCAGUCAACAAUAGCGUUGUCAAGAGCAGGCAUACACGGAGUGCGGAUGCUGCACCACUACCUAUCGAUUGUGAAUUGUCCAGCUGGUCCUCAUGGACUGCAUGUGACCCCUGUCGGAAAAAAAGGUACAGACAUGCCACCUUGCUCCAGCCUGCUCAGUUCUACGGAGAGCCAUGCAGAUUCUUUGACAAGGAAGUCCAAGACUGUGUUACCAACAGACCAUGCCAUAGCCAAGUGCGGUGUGAAGGCUUUGUGUGUGCCCAGACAGGGAGGUGUGUCAAUCGAAGGCUCCUUUGCAAUGGGGACAAUGACUGUGGAGACAGAUCUGAUGAGGCCAAUUGUAAAAGGAUCUCUAAAAAAUGUCGGCAUGAAGUGGACCAAUACUGGGCAAUUGACAAUCUGGCCAGUGGGGUAAAUCUAUUCACCAACACUUUGGAGGGCCCAGUUCUUGAUCACAAGUAUUAUGCCGGUGGUUGCUCCCCACAUUACAUACUCAACACAAGAUUUAGGAAGCCAUACAAUGUGGAGAGUUAUAAUGCACAGACUCAAGGCAAAUAUGAGUUUGUGUUGACAGAAUAUGAAUCAUAUUCAGAUUUCGAACAUAAUGCCUCAAUGAAAACCGCUGAUGCUUCUAGCUUCAAAUUUGGUUUUAAAAUACCUGGAAUAUUUGAAUUUGGCAUUAGUGAGGCCACUGCUAAUAGCAGACAUUUUAUCAGCAGAAUCAAACGAUUUUCUCAUACCAACAGCAAGUUUCUGCAUGCACGCUCCGAUCUGGAAGUUGCGAGAUACAAGCUGAAAUCUCGGGGCCUCAUGCUGCACCAUGAGUUCCUCCAGAGGGUGAGAGGGCUGCCCCUGGAGUACAGCUACGGCGAGUACAGGGACCUCUUCCGUGACUUUGGCACCCACUACAUCACAGAGGCCGUGCUGGGGGGCAUCUAUGAAUACACUCUUGUCAUGAACAAGGAGGCCAUGGAGAAAGGAGAUUAUUCUCUAAAGGAUGUCCAGGCCUGCGCCCAACAUGACUUUAAGAUCGGUGCAGCCAUUAAGGCUGUCUAUGUCAGUCUUGGAGUUUCAGUAGGCAAAUGCCAGGGUAUUCUGAAGGAAAUCAAAGAAAGAAACCAACGCGACACCAUGGUAAAGGACCUGAUUGUCCUUGUCCGAGGAGGUGCUAGUGCGGACAUUACUGCCCUGGCAUACCGGGAGCUGCCCACAGCAGAGCUGAUGCAGAAAUGGGGAGAAGCCGUGCAGUACAACCCAGAGAUUAUCAAAAUUCAGGCAGAGCCUCUGUAUGAACUGAUAACAGCCACAGACUUCUCCUACUCUAGUACCUUGAGACAGAAUAUGAAGCAAGCCCUGGAGGAGUUCCAGAGGGAAUUCAGCUCCUGCCACUGUGCUCCCUGUCAAGGAAAUGGGGUUCCGGUCCUGAAAGAAUCCCGCUGUGAUUGCAUCUGUCCUGCUGGGACCCAGGGCACUGCCUGUGAGAUCACCAACCGAAAAAAUGUCCCUGUUGAUGGGAGGUGGAAUUGCUGGUCAAACUGGUCACCUUGUUCACAAGGACAGAAAACAAGACAAAGGCAAUGCAGCAACCCAUCUCCUCAGCCUGAGGGCAGUCCAUGCCUGGGACCCAAUUCAGAAACUCAGGCCUGUGUCGGAAAGUAAAGGUUCUAGCAUAUGAGGGGCUGUCAGCUAUAUUCAUCACAAUAGUGUGAGCCCUUAGGAACUCAGGCCAAGUCCCUUAAUGCUAACAACCACCUGGGAACUGGCCCAAGGGCAGAGGACUUUGUUUUCAGAAUGUUUGGAAUAAAAUCUAAUUUGAAAAUUGUGAA